CAAGCUGAAGAUUAAAACAUACCAGACCAACAAAAAGAUUCUCCAACUUUUCCUCCAUGAUGAUAAUGAGUUCUCACUCCGAGAGAAAAGCCUCCUUCCCUGGUCUCUCAGUCCUGAUGUCACCCACCGCCCUGUCACCCACCUCCCCCAUACAGCGAGACCUAAACUCCCCCAGGGGGUCCAUCUUCGCACCCCUAUCCCUUACCGAUCCACCCAGCUGGGUGAUGCUGGCCCUCUGCAAUGUAGAGCAGGGCGAGAAAGAGCUGCAGAGCCUUAGAAAACGACAGACGAGUGAGGUGGAGGAAAUGAACCGAGAGCUUGACAACGCCAUCAUUGAGGCUCAGAGACAAGAGCGCCGACUGCUGGAAAAAGUUGAGCAGGACCACCGAGAAGCCCAGCGGCACCUGGAGCAGGUGAAGAGGGAGAACGCUGCGGCAGUGCGGGUUGGACAGUCCCUGGUGGACCGGCAGCUCCGCAAACUGGGCCAACUGAAGGAGCAGGUCCAGAGAUGGGGUGGAAGCAGUGGGGGACCCAAUAAGAACCAGCUUCAGAGGGGUGUGGCAGAAGUUACACAGCCUUGGGAAAUCUCCCUCUCCUUAAAGAGGGUCACUUUUCAGCCCGGUACGCAGCUGAAGGACGUUAGGUUAGGGGAGGUACAAGUCCAGGAUCAAAAUCUGAACUACCCUAUUGGUGUCUGCGGUGAAACAGGGAAGAAAUGUGCUCUUCACUCAGGGGAGAUGAAGUUUGGAGACCGUGGAUCAUUUGAAGUUCGGAAGGACCUUUCAUCCACAUCAAAUAGUGGGAGCAUGCGUGUAGUCAGGAAGCUCCGCCUGUCCACCACAGACAAGGAUGAGCCAAAGUCACCAGUCUCAAAGCCACCGCUCAGUCCCCGGCAUCGAGGAGCAUCUGAGUCAUCCAUGGAUGAGGAGCUAGACACACAUGGCCAGGACCUUUUCCUGGCUAUCCCUCCAAUCUCCAGCCAAGGGGAGUCGGAGGUAGACGAACCAGAAUGUGGACAAACUGGAAUCAAGAAAAGCUCCAUCCUCAAGUGUCAGAGAAAGCAAAGGACCCUGGUUCUCAUCCCCAGCGAGGAACCCUCCUGCCCUCCAGAAGGCGUCAGAUCUGAACAUAGUGACCAACCACAGACCUCUCCCAAGACCAGCCGUGGAGAACCCCAUCCCAGGUACAGCCUCCUGGACCUAUCUUCAAGAUGCGCACGCUCACGUCAAAGCCUGUCACCCAGCAAAUCCCCCCGUGGAACAUCCACUAAUGGGGGGAGUCCCCCAUCCCCGGCUGGCAGUGAGGACUGCUACAACUACAUCACCAUCCCCUCUCCUAGUAACAAUGUCUCCCUGAACCAGGAACACCGACGCGCCAUGUCGAUGGCGGACCUCUCCAGGAAGACCCGUCCUUUGAUCAAUGGGGGAAAGGGUGCUCACCUGGGAUUUAAGAGAGACAACCACUCCUGUCUAUCAUCUGCCUCCUCAACCCUGGAGCAAGGGAAUGGAUCUGAGUCUGGCGGCAGAAGCCCCACAAGCUCGGAUGAAAGAGAAUCAAGAUACCAGGGAAGGAGUGUAGGUUCUAACUGUGUGAGUCGAUCUCUGUCCAUGUCGGCUAUUGACAACGAAAGCCACCCUACAGCCAAGGAGAAACAAUCAGACAAUAGAAGGAGAGACAAACCAGAGCCAAUCCUGAGAGACCUGGAGGAGGAAGCAGGUUCAAGUGCCUUUGAGUCAGCAAAUCUGAUCAAGCAGUUUGGAAAGCAGGGCUCAGGGCGCUCCGACUUCAACCUGCCCAGCGGGCUCCACGCCACUGUCAAAGGGCAGCUUUUUGUGGUGGACUGUGGAAACGCCCGAAUUCAGGUGACCGACCUUCAGAAGUAUGUUGUGCAGCAGGUGUCCCCUACUGGAACUGAGAGAUCUGCCCGCAUCUGCAACUACUUUGAUGUGGCUGUGAACAACAAGGGCCUCAUUGCGCUGACCUGUGCUGCAGAGCGUGCCGUGUUGGUGUUCAGCCGUCAUGGACGCCUCCUCCAGACCUUCGGGGGUAACAUGAUAGGAUCCACCCAUGAAGAGCUAGAUGCACCAAGGGGAGUGACCGUCACCCGUCUGGAUGAGUUCCUGGUGGCCGACAUCAAGCGUGGAACUCUAACUGCCCUGAUGCUGGACCCCAAGACAGGCGCCAGGCUGGAGCGCACCAUAAUCACAGGAUUCCACAGGCCCUACCUGGUGGCUGCCUGCCUGACCUCUGGGCUGAUGGCUGUGUCUGAGCGGGGCAAUGAGACUGGCUGUGCGCCUUGCAUCCGAGUGCUGGAACCUGGCUGGAACACCAUCCGUGUCCUGGGGUUGUGCUCCGGCAUGGGGCCUGUCCUGGCCUGCCCCUGGGGCCUCAGCAUCGAUAGUGAUGGGGAUGUCUUGGUGGCAGACUGGGGCAGGUUGCACCGCGUCCUGCUGUACCCUGCCAAGGGCCUAGGCUGGCCCCUUGUUACCCAGGGUCUGAGCAGCCCCCGAGGCCUGGCCCUGCUGCCAGAGGGCCAGUUAGUGGUGUCAGACAGCAUGAACCACUGUAUUAAGAUCUACCAAUACAAGUGAGACACUGGCGGGGUGAAGCUGUCAAGAUGAGGGUGGAAAGAUGAAGAUGGUGAAGAAGUAGGCAUUCUCUAGUCAACACCGAUGCAGAUUUCAGUAAAUAACAACUACUUUGGCAUAAUCCUAGAGGAUCCUGUUGAGAAGUUCAUGUUCUUCUAGAAAAAAAGUGAAUCAUAAGUCACAAUGUAGGGUACAAAUUGCAAAAGAAGACAGACUGUAUAGAGUUGUGGAGAACAGUAGAGAAGAUUACAUCUUUAUUACCGCAGAGGACAAUUUCAUUUGCAGCAAACGUUUUAGCUUGUUUUUAAUUUGCCCAUUGUCUUAAAUGUGAUAAUCAUAGUUUGAUAAUGAACCAAAUGAAAAUGGUGAAGAAUAGCUGUAUAUAGCAAAAAUAUAUUUAGCAGAAGCAUAGUUGUAUUUUAAUAGCUACUACAGUGUAGAGCAGCAGUGAAUUAUUUACACCAUAUAACACAAAAUUAAGGGUCCGUGCUGUCCGGAACCCUUGGGACAUCCCUACCCCAUAAAUGUUUAAGGUAACGAUUAAGGUCAGGGUUAGGUAAGGGUUAUGGUUAAGGUUAAGGUUAGGUCUAGGGUAAGGGUAGAGGUUAAGGAUAAGCUUAGGGUUAGGGUUUAGAGUAGGGAUGUCCCAAGAAUCCCGGAUAGCACUGAUCCAAAACUAAGGGUGGAACUUUGUAUCUGUUAUUAGACUUCUAGGUAUUUCAAUGAAAAUUCAAGAGACAUUUUAAAUGGCUUGCUGUUGUUAUGAGUAGUUGAUUACUCACAAAAUAAACUAACUGUUCGCAAAAUUGGCCAUUUUAUAUAAUGUGUAACAACAGGGUAUGUGAUGUUGCUGUAAUUUCACCUCUGCCCUUACAAAAAAAGAUUGCCGUUUUGAAACUGCAGUAAAGUGCAGUAACUGCCGUCGGUUGUGAUAUUUUGGACGCAGUAAUUGCAAGAUUACUGCAGUAAAAAGAAAAUUGUAUUUUGGACACAGUAUUUGCAGCAUACUGGGGUUAUACUGCACUCUAACGACAUUUAUACUACAGUGUACUGCAGUUACUGUACACUGCAGUCUGACUGCACAUUUGUUUCAUAAGGUUGAAGUCUGAAAGCUUUUGAAAUGCUGUCUAUCCCCAGUAGUUAUGUUGUGAAACACAGUAAUGUGUAAUAGCCUACGCUAUGGUAAUGACUUGGAAUUGAAUACAUUUAUCAUGAGACUGCCACCUCAAAUAUACUGUGGAUUUAAUCACAUUUUAUGUGUAUUGAUUGUCAAUUACAUUGUAAAUAUUUAAUUAAACUUUGGAUUGGGUUUAAAUCUUUAUUGCAAUGCACUCGUUCUUUAUUUUGACUUGUUUCUUAGAAAUCCAGUGUCUAAAGUUUCAAAUGAUAGAACAAAGAUAAGCAAGGGUCCUUCUCUCACAGACUGUUGUUUAUCUCCCUGUC